AUGCGUCGCAAGGUCGAUGCGGAUAUACCAUUGUCGAAUGGCGAAGUCAUCAAAGCGGGCACGCUCAUCGGAUUCCCGACGUUGGCUAUCCAGCGAGAUGAAGAAUACUAUGAGCGGCCAUUGGAGUUUGAUGCAUAUCGGUUCUACAAUGCCGAGACCAACACUGUCAAGGCCAAGUCAGUUACACAGAGCCGAACCUAUCUCCCGUAA